AGAACUGCAAGACGCCGAUAUUGCGUUACAUUGUAGCAAAAUGGCGGCUGUCAUUCAGAAUCCACUAAAAGCGUUGGGCGACCAGUUCUAUAAGGAGGCCAUUGAGCAGUGCCGCAGCUACAAUGCCCGCCUGUGCGCUGAACGCAGCGUUCGCCUGCCAUUCCUGGACUCCCAAACUGGCGUGGCACAGAACAACUGCUACAUCUGGAUGGAACGCCACCACCGCAGCCCCGGGGUUGCAGCCGGGCAGAUGUACACAUACCCGGCCCGCUGCUGGAGAAAGAAGAGACGGCUGCACAACACCUCAGAUCCUCGUCUGGGCAUCUAUGGUCUCCAGCUUGAUGGUGGUCUGAUGUCCAAGGACACUUUGCCCACUCAGAGCACCACUCUGGAGGCUCUGCUGCGAGGAGAAGGUUUAGACAAGAGGAACAACUCCAAGAAUGAUGAAGAGAGUCUGUUGGAGAUCCAGAGGGUUCUGGAGGCAGAUGCAGCAGAAGAUGCUUUCAACGAUGAUGAUGACUAUGAGGUGGACACUCCCAAGAGGAGACAUCGGGGCAAAGGAAGAGGUCGGGGUUCGGGCCGCAGGAGGACAGAUCUAGAUGAUGACAAGCCAUAUGUCUGUGACAACAGAUACAAACCAAGACAUAACUCAAAAUCUUCAACCUCAGUCUGUGCGAAGCGCUACAGGAACCGUGCAGGACUAAGUUACCACUACACCCAUUCCCACCUGGCAGAGGAGGACAGAGCUGGAGAAAGAAGCUCAAUGGCAUCUAGAUCCCCCUCUGUACAACAGGCUGACAGACACAAACGUCCAAAAGGUCCAGGUGGGACUAGCAUUCCCAAUAACUACUGUAAUAAAUGCCAGGGUUCUAACAAGAAAACGGGUAAAUCCGGGCCUCCCUGCUCAGCCUGCCAAUGCACAACUGACCGUGGAGAAGAGAAGGAGGACGGAACUUUUACUGGAGCUGAGGAGCUGUUCGGCACCACGUCAGAGAGUGACACAUCCACCUUUCAUGGCUUCGAGGACGACGAACUAGAGGAACCCGCUGCAAACAGCAACGGGAUACCUAACCGACACAGAUAGAGAGUACCUUUUGAAAUAAAAAAAAGACGAUUUUUUAAAAAAAUAUGGAUUAACCUCUGGCAAAAAUCUGCUGCUUCUUUUUUCAAUGUUUUUUUGUUUGCAGAAAGCACAAAGUGAUCAUUUCAGGACAGAAAUGCAAGUGGUAUUUUAUCUACUGAACAUUGUUGAAUAAUUUAUGAACACCCUUUUUAUAUAUAAAUAUAUAUAUUAACUUUUAAGGCAAUGAACAACUGUCAGUGUUUGUUGACAAGUGACUCGGUCUUCAUGCAAACAGAAGAUGUUUUUGGUGUGUUUUUUUUUUUUUUUUUUUUUUUUUUUUCCCCCCUCACUGGAGCAGAAGGAUUAUGUAAGUUAAGAACAAAAAACACUGGAGAAAUUGGAACGUUUUGACAUUUUAAAAGACAUGAUUGAUGCAUUUGGAAGAUGAUUGAAUGUCACUGCAGACCCGUACACGAGCUACUGGAUGUUUGUGAACCAGUAGCCAGUUUGAUUUUGAAGGUCUCUUUUUCUGCUCUAACUCUGGAUUAAACUUGUAUGAAAAUGAAGGAACCAAUGAUAACAAAGAUGAACAUGGGCCUCUGGAAACAUUUGGAGAUGAAGGAGCCUAUAAAUAGUCUUCACAAAUAUGGGGCACUGGAAGGAGCACUCAGCACAUUGGCAUGUGGCCCAGCCGGGGGAUGACCAUUGAAGAAGAGGAUUUAACCCUCAAAAACUAAUGAGGUCUCACGUCCCUCCUGAUUUGGGCUUAAAAUAACUGACUGAAUGGAUGAAUAGGCAUCCACCACUUCUAAAAGCCAUGUGGCUUAAUUGAAGCAACUGCUCCCUUGACGCUAUGUAUCGAUCACUUCUGAACAUUUGAUAUGUGAGUAGAUCCAGCUUUUUUUCAUCCCUUGUGCACUGUGCUGGAGCUCCACUGAACUAUGGGAACACUAAAGGCCAGGCCUUUGGACUGUUUGUGCCCAACGGGUGCAUUUGGGCCCCAGCGGCCCAGCCUGCCCACUCCUGCUCUGUGACUGUGUGUCUGCUGUGUGAUCCGAUGUGACACUAAGACGUCAUUAUCCUCAUCACUGUGCCAGCCUGCCGCUCUGCACUGGAAACCAGCUCUGACAGCCAUGACCCUCCAACCUGAUUGGACCAGUGACCCCCCCCGACCCCAGCCAUAGAGAUGGUGCUCAGAUCCACCACUAUUACAUGCAGACCUCUGGACUACUGUAUUAAUACCCUGACAUGGACGCUAAAGGUUUUAUCUUUAUGCUUUUGUCUCCGUCUGUUUCCUCGAUCUCUGAUUUCAUUCUGCCUCAAAUGGCUUGCAGUAAUUUAGCUCAUUUUGUUGCAUCCUUUUUCUGUUGUAUGAUAUUUCUGUGUUUUUGAACAGUUUCGAUUAGUUUGAUUUUUGGUUUUCUGCAGACUGUAUUGAUACCUCUGUCCUGAUCAGGUGCACAAUAGCCACAACUACUCAGGCAUCUUUCAUUUCUUCUGCUGUUGAUUGUCAGCCACUCAGCCCUAAUUCAUGUGAUUGUAUCCAGUUGGCAAAGAGGAACAUUAAAGCCACACAAAGAUCCCAUUAUAAUCAACCCCCAGAAGGGAUUUGGGAUGCUGCAGUCUCAUGCUAUAGGAAAACAUUGCAAUAAGAAGCUUCAGCUUUGUCUGUUUCCAGCUGAGUUACCUGGUAUCACACUCGCCAUAUAAAACCUCUCCACCUUUUCUGAAACUGACGGUCUCAGCAUAUUGUACUACGGUGGGACUCAUCUCAGAAGCAUUAGAGAACAGUAUCAUUACUAGAGACAUGUCUGCUCAGAUGUAAACUGUAAAUCCAAGUUAUUGUGACAUUUCCGUUGAGUGCUUUAGAGGGCCUAAUUGCUUUAUGACAUUUAGAAAGUUCUCGAAGAACUGCAUCAAAAAGCCUUUUACAGUCCAUAGGUUGCACAUACUGGGUAAGAGGUCUGUGUCCCUCCAUGUGAUUAUUCAGUAUCACUGCAAUGUAAUAAUAGCCGCUCCGUUUUUGAAGAGAACCAUUAAUCCUGUGUCUGUUAUGACUUGCAUAAGUGCUUGUGCAUUCAAACCAUCUGUCUUCACUUCCCUCAGGGACCCUCCACACAGCCGUUCAUCUAUUCUAGACAAAGAAUGGAUCGGAAACUUAUCAAUAAUCUUGUCUUCUCUGUGUCAGUUCCGUGGUGUUUCCACAGUGAAAUGGGUCAUUGUGUCUCUUUACUUCCAAAGUCAUGCCAGUAAAUGAAAGCAUGUGUCAUCAUAACCUGCUAAAUGUUACCGUAUA